UCGCCAGACUGUAGGGCUUCUUGCUAUGUGUGAUAUGGGAGGACCUGUAUGCUACUGCUGAGAACCCAAACACACACACACACACACACACACACAUCUCUCUCUCUCUCUGCUGUCCACCAGAACUCUAACAUGUGCAGAUGGUGUGAGCUGUCAGGCGAAAAGUUUAUGACAGCUCUCUCUCUCUCUCUCUCUCUCUCUCUCUCUCUCUCUCUCUCUCUCUCUCUCUCUCUCUUACUCUCUGUCUCGCUCUCUGUCUCUGCCUCACUGUGUGUGAGUGUGUGACAGUGUGUGACAUGUACGAGGCUAUGGACUCUACCUUCUAAACAGACUGUGGAACACCUUGCUCUCUGUUUGGACUUUUUGUGCCUCUGAUAUUUUCCAGUGGAGUGGAUUUGGAUCAGAUUGUGUCCAGUGUGAGUGUGUGUGUGACAGCACUGUGGAGUGUAGGAGAUGGAGGAGCAGGCCUGCACCAUGGGCAUCGCCCCCCAGCAGAAGGUGCUGCGCCGCGGUUGGCUCAGGAAGCAGGGCGGCUUCGUCAAAACAUGGCACUCACGCUGGUUUGUGCUGCGAGGAGAACAACUGUACUAUUAUAAAGACGAGGAUGAGAGCAAGGCACUGGGUGCCAUCUUCCUGCCGGGGAACCGUGUCACCGAACAUCCCAGCAACGGAGACGAAGCCGGCAAGUUUCUGUUCGAGGUCGUUCCAGGGGGCGACAGGGAGCGGAUGACGUCCAAUCAUGAGACGUACCUGCUCAUGGCCAGCACACAGAAUGACAUGGAGGACUGGGUUAAGACCAUCCGUAGGGUCAUAUGGGCCCCGUUCGGAGGAGGUAUUUUUGGUCAAAAGCUGGAGGAAACGGUGCGGUACGAGAGGCGGUAUGGGAAUAAGCUGGCCCCGAUGCUGGUGGAGCAGUGUGUGGAUUUUAUCCGACGCUGGGGGCUGCAGGAGGAAGGUCUGUUCCGUCUCCCCGGCCAGGCCAACCUCGUCAAAGAGCUGCAGGACGCCUUCGACUGCGGAGAGAAACCUGCUUUCGACGGUAAUACAGACGUGCACACAGUGGCAUCUCUGCUGAAGCUCUACCUGAGGGAGCUUCCGGAGCCGGUGAUCCCUUUCUGCAAGUACGAUGAGUUCCUGGCCUGCACCAAGCUGUUCAGCAAGGACCAGGAAGCAGGAAUGAAGGAAUUAAGGAGACAAGUGGAAAGUCUACCUCUAGUCAACUACAAUCUACUAAAAUACAUAUGCAGGUUCUUAGAUGAAGUGCAGUCGCACUCAGGAGUGAACAAGAUGACCGUGCAGAACCUCGCUACCGUCUUUGGUCCAAAUAUUCUGAGGCCCAAAGUGGAGGAUCCAGUGGCGAUAAUGGAAGGUGCAGUCCUGGUGCAGCAGCUCAUGGCCGCACUCAUCGGACACCACUCCACACUUUUCCCCCCGGACGAAGACAGUCCUGGUGCUCUUGAGUUGUGCAACAACAACAAUGAUCCCCUGAAACGUUCCACCACAGGACAAUUGCAAAAUAAAGAGAAUAACAACACAUCUAGCGUGUGUCAGUGCACCUGGGACGCGCCGGACUCUCCUGUACGGGUUUCUCUAGAUAACGGCUCACCUCGUUCGGGCAGCCCAAGAAAUGUUCCCACUGUGCCACGCUUCGAAGUCACCCGAAGCCCUCCUCUGACCGUAAAGAAGAACCCUGCGUUCAUCAAAGGCAGUGGAAUCGUCACUAACGGCUCCUUCAGCUCCUCCUCGUCGUCCUCUGCGGAGGAAAAGAGUCCGACCCUGGUGGGAACCGGUACGCUACAGAUGCGUCGCACCGGCGCGCUCAGAACCCCAGGUACCAAGAUGGGUGUGCAGAACGGUGGAGUGAGGAUGGGUGUGUGCAGCACGGACAUUGUUAACGGGACCCUCAAUAGCCGAAACGGACUUUGGUCUCCUCCUGGAGGUGUGACGUUGCGGGAAGUCAAAGGCCGUGACGCAGAGCAGCAACAGAACCGCCUUUCGACAUAUGACAACGUUCAUGUUCAGCAGACUCAGUGCCAGCUGGGUCAGCCUUGCAUGGGCAACACCUGCGAGGACAAGCAGAGUGUAGAUAGCGCCACCUGGUCCACAUCAUCCUGCGAGAUCUCGCUGCCAGACGUCUCUGCAUCUUGUCGCUCUUCCACUACUACUUGCCCAGAGCAGGAAUUUACAUUCGAGGACCCUUUGCUGGAUGAGGGAGAAAGAAGGAACGCUAAUGCUAACACCAACGCCAAUGGCGGAGGUCGAAGCAGCAGGGGGACAAGUAGCAGUGAGAACAGUGAGGUGGCAUUUCCUGUGAGUGGACACAGUGCCCUCCACAGUCUGGUGGCUAGUCUGAAGCAGGAGAUGCUCAAACAGAAGAGUGACUAUGAUGCCAGGGUAAAGAGUCUGGAGCUGCGUAACUUUGAACUGGAAGCUGAGAUGCUGAACCUUCAUGAGGAGCUGGAGCAGGAGCGCAAGAAGUACAACAUGGUAGAGAUCAAACUGCGUAAUGCAGAGCGUGCCAAAGACGAUGCUGAGAAGCGCAACGAGAUGCUGCAGAAGGAGAUGGAGCAGUUCUUCUCCACCUUUGGAGAUCUGACCACUGAUCCUCGCAAGCCAGAAAGAGCCAACACCAUCUGGAUCCAAUGAGCACGACUAUACCCAGAACCGUAUAUUUGGACGUGGAAAUCCGGGAAUGUGUAGGCUUCAAAUGUGACCAAACUGUCAGUAAAGGAAGCCCACUGAGCCAAAAAUGUGAACACUGGACCAGCCGUGAUAAGACGGCGAGAUAAGAUUGUAACAGUAGGAGAACAGGUGAGGGACUAAGAAGGGAGUCAGAGGUUCUUCGCAGGUUUUGUUUGAGAAUGUUUCUUUACCCAAAGAAGGAAAUAAGAGAACUAUUGAAGAAUGUGUUGCAUUGUGGGUUAGUGAGCUUUUUAAUAGACUAGAGCUUUACAUGAAGAAGAGCCAAGAACAUCACAUCUUCAUCUGUGAUCUAACCAAAUCAUGUCCUUGAUCUCAGUAUCCUUGUUCGGUGUCCUCGUGUACUCUGUGUAUAUAAAGCAAAGCAAUGCUGAAGAAUUUUGAAGCAAAACAGAUGUAUGUAUAAAAAGCCAACUGAAAUAUUUUAAUGUAUGUCUGAUAUUUAAAAUGAGGAUUAUUGA